UCCAUCAGGGCAAAGGAGAUACCAAACCUUAAGCCACCAUGUCCAAGACACCAAUCGAUCUCCUUCCCAAUCAAUCCCCGGAUGCUGUUCAUUGCAGAUCGUGAUGCCAGCGUUCGUUCCUGCCACGCCGCAGCAGACCAGUUGGGCAGUCUGGCUAGCUGCGAUCGUGUGUGCCGUCCUAGCAAUAGCUGUGAUCAUCGCCGGCAUCGUCGUGUUCGCCAUCUACAUUAUCUACCAGCCCAAGAUGCCAUACAUCAAGGUCGCCUACGCACACCUCAGCAAUCUCGUCUACGACCAAUCGGGGCUUCUCGAGAUCGAGAUGGUCCUGAAUCUGGUGGCAGAGAACGACAACAAAAAGGCCCACGCCAGCUUCUCCGACCUGAGCUUCCUCCUCCAGUUCCAUAGGAUCGACGUCGCGGCGCUGCGGGCCGACCCGUUCGACGUCGCCAAGAACAGCUCGUUGGAGCUCGAUUACCACUUCCCUUCGUCGCCGAUCCCGCUGGACCAGGCUGCCAUGGAGACCAUGGACGUGGCGCUGAAGCGGGGCGUCGUGUCGUUCGACCUCAGCGGGCAUGCUAGGACACGGUGGAGGGUGGGGAUCUUUCUCUCCGUCAAGUUCCGGACGUCCCUCUCGUGCGAGCUCCGGUUCUUCUGGCCGAACGGGAGCGCCGUCAACUUGGACUGCAGCUCGAAAUCCCCCUGACCCCCCAUCGAGUACAUGGCGAAAUCUGACCAAAAAUAGUUCUUUUCUUUCUCUUUACUCGACAUUCAGAUCACACUUCCUUUAGAUUUCUGAAUCUGUAUGGUCUUAGAUGCAUCCGGGUCUUGUUCGCCGAUAAUUCCAUUCAUCGAGAGA